GCCGCCGCCGCCGCCGUCGUCGUCGUCGUCAUCAUCGUCGUUGUCAUUGUCGCCCUUGCCGUCGUGCAGCGUCAAGUGUUCCCGAGUUCAAACGUAUUCGCCCAGUGUACAACGGAGAAUGGGCAUUUAACGGAGACGGCCCGCACUCCAAAAAGGCAGCGGCUCGAAGAAUCCGGACACAGGAAUCACGAAUAUGGCGGGUAUGGAGACGAGCCACGGCGAAAAAGAGAAGACAAUAAUAAACCGAACCACGUCCUCCUCUUCACAAUCAUCAAUCCAGUUUACCCCAUCACUGUGGAAGUGUUGCACACUAUCAGCGCGCCCAGUGGGCAGGUUCAGCGCAUCGUGAUCUUUAAGAAAAACGGCGUCCAGGCCAUGGUUGAGUUCGAUUCGGUGGAAUCAGCAACCAGAGCAAAGGAAACGCUACAUGGAGCAGAUAUAUACUCCGGCUGCUGCACACUAAAAAUCGACUUUGCGAAGCCGACAAAGCUCAACGUCUACAAGAACGACGCUGAAAGCUGGGACUACACAACUCCAACGUUGGGAUCGAGCACACACAAAAACGACGCGACAGGAAAUGGAAGGCCGGCUCCCCUUUUGGCCGAGCCAAGAUACGGCGCCGCGCCCCAACCGUACGGCUCCACGCCGCAGGUCACCUUUCCCCCGGGUGCCGGUCACGAUCGUUACGAGGAGAACUUCAACGGGCCAGCGACGUACGCGGAGCCGUACGUCGAGCGUUACGGCAUCAAGAGCGACUUCAGCGGACGCGAGCCGUUACAUCCUACGCCACCUCGGCCGGGCUACGUGCCCACCCUGGGCCAAACGCCACCCUCCAGCACGCAGGGCUCGGUCAUGAUGGUGUACGGACUGCAGCCGGACAAAGUCAAUACCGACAAGCUCUUCAACCUGUUCUGCCUGUACGGCAACGUGACGAAGGUUAAAUUCCUGAAAACGAAGGAAGGCUGCGCCAUGAUACAAAUGGGAGAUAGCAUAGCGGUGGAGCGGUGCCUGCAGAAUCUGAACAACGUCACGAUCGGGACGGACGGUAGGCUGCAGCUCGGCUUCUCGAAACAGGCCUUCCUCUCGGACGUAACCAAUCCUUACAUUUUACCCGACAAGACAGCGAGUUUCAAGGACUUCACGGGAAGCAAGAAUAACAGAUUCCUGAAUCCCGCAAUGGCCAAUAAGAACAGAAUACAACCACCAUCGAAGAUAGUCCAUUUCUUCAACACCCCGCCGGAUCUGACUGAAGAGACGGUGAAUCGCGUAUUCGUGGAGCGCGGCAUCGAGGCACCGACGACGGUCAAGCUGUUUCCCCUUAAAUCUGAACGAUCGUCAUCCGGCUUGAUCGAAUUCAGCAGCGUCGGUAUCGCGGUGGCCGCAAUCAUGGAGUGCAAUCACACAGCGCUCGAGAACAGCAACGGCAAGUUCCCUUACAUCAUGAAGCUCUGUUUCUCAUCGUCUCGUACCAUACCCACAAGCUUCCCACCCAACAGCGGCAGCGCAUCGAGCAAUUCCGCUGGUAAUGGCCACGUCAAAAUGCAGCAGGACUCGGAAUAGAACGGCGAGGUCCAGGGCCAGCAGCGUCAGCGUCAGCGCCAGCGCCCCUCACUCGCCGCCCUGCACCCGUUGUGUGCCCCCGCGACGGCGGGCACGGCCCUGCACCCAGCAGCCGCAGCGAUAACGCUGUCCCCAGUCCUACCGCCGCCGCCACCAGUACCGCCACCCCUACCACCACCCACUUGUCUCCUGAUAGCCACCCCAACUCUCUAUCCGACCGUACCGCCACCGCCCCCACCCCCAUUGCCCACCUUCUGGCCCUACUGAUAUGGCGGGGCCCAUACGUGGUGGGUGAGACGAACGCACGCGAGAUCGGCCGAGGAUGGACUCUCCGAGGACGAGAAGAGUAAUCGGGAAUGUUCCACUUCCCUUUCGUCGCGAUGGCGUUUAUUUUCGAUCGAACUUGACGGACGGUAAAGAGACGACCGGUCGUUCCGCGGCUCUCGGUCCACCGGGUACGGAAAGGGUCGCGUAUAUUCUUGGACACGUCACUCUCGGAGUCUUCAUCCCGUCGCGGUCGAAGGCUUGGAAAAGUUUUCGCCGGGAUACGAUGUGUAACUCGAUGCCUAAUAGUACCGUGUCCCACUAGAGAGACACGUUGUCAACGUGGGUCGGACACGGGCACUCGGCAUCCAGCAAGAGGUGGGGUAUAUAAGUGCAACGACACGUCGGAGGGAACGUCGCGGCAGAGUAAGCGUCGGUACUGUUGAAGUCCCAGAAAAUCCUUCACGGCCGGCUGGUCACGAUUUUCCCGGCGUCUCGCGGGGAAGAGACGGGUGACCCGUACGCGCCGCGUUCCAAUUUUGGAGACUCCUGUAAAUAACUCGGAGACCAGCGACCUCCGACGCGCAUACAUAUCAAAGGGCUUGGAAGUAAAUCGGUAUGUUUUGCGAGGAACCAUGCGCGCGCGAUUUUCGCAGAAGCUUUACACUCGAUAAUUCGAUAUUGAGAAAUUUCUUUGAAAGAAGGAUCGUCUCGUCGGGGCUCUGUGAAUCGUUUCGUGAGAGAAACGGUUCAGAAGAAAAUGGUCUGAAGUGUUGUAUGAGAGAAGGAGGUAGUACUCCAUUAGCUAAGAGAGAUAGAUCGAAUGGGACGGCUCAAAGAUAGCGAGAAAGCUGUCUCGGAAAAGAGAGACAGCUCGCAGGAACUGAGAGAAAUCGUUUAGAGAAGUUUGAAGACGUCUCUCAGAGGAAAGUUAAAAAUACGAUCUAUCGGAAAAGAAAUGGUUGAGAGUCGAUAGAAUCUUUGUAGAAUGACUGAAAGGAGAUGGAAUUCGUUUCCUGAUAGCCAUCGAGAAGGUACCACCGUAGAUCUCUGCGAUGGUGGACGGAAUGGCUCGACGACGGUCCAACUUCUUCUUCGGAAGAGGAAUUGUCCGAGGUGGAUCGAACCUCUCAGAAGAGGGGCAACUGGGAAGAUCGAAGAAAUCCUCUCUCGGAAGAGUGCGAAAAGUGCGAAAUCCCUCAUGGUUGUUCGUGAAGCAGACAGGUGGGCGCUGCUUCCACGAAGCCCGGACGUAUAUAUGGCGGCUCGGCGUUCUCACGACCGCGACGAGACCGCUCUCUCGUUCGUUCGUUCGCCCGCAUCUACGAUCGACUCAUCCAAACUCACGGCGCGCGCGCGCGAGCGCGGCGUCACGACAUUUGUUCUGAAGCCGAGCCACGCGGCUCCUUGAUGACCAUACUCUGUGGGAUCCAAUAAACGAACCGUGAGGAGACUUCUUCUAGCGAACCACUUAUUAAACACGGAAAUAGAAUUUUAGGGGAGUAUUCAAAGGAAUGAUCUGAAUCAAUUGUGCUCCGAAAAAAUUGGGCGACCUGCGAGAACGCAGCCAUCCGCUUUUGAGUGUUGUCACUGAUAAUGCGCUGCUCCAAUCGUCGUGAUAAGUUCGGCCCGUGCCAAGCGACAUUUUUCCUACUGGAAGCUUUCUCUCUCUUUUUUU